AUGUCUUCGUCGGCCUCUCAAAGCCCCGACAUCGCGUGCGCGAGCCUACCGCUGGAACUGCUCGCGGCUGGCGCGCUCGGCGUCAAGGAGGAGCGAGACCUCGCCGCCGCGGAGGAUCUGUCGUCGUCCCAGGAUCCGCCUGGCAGGCAGAGCGCGCGGGAGUCCCUGUCGGUGAUCGUGCCGCCUCAGGACGUGGACGUGGACUCGCGCGACGCCGACGACUCGGAGCUCCUCAGUCCGGGCAAGCUAACGCCUACGUCGGGGAUCAGCGUGUCGGUCGCGAGCAUGAUCGACGCGACGGACUUCAGGGCGAUGCAGCCGGAGCCGACGUAUCAGACACUGACCUCGGUGGCCGAGAGGAUGUCGCCGCCCGGCUUCAGUCCGGGCUCGUCGUACGCCACGCUGACGCCGCUGCAGCCGUUACCGCCGAUCUCGACUAUGAGCGACAAAUUCGUUUACGGCGGUCACGCGGCCGGCGGCGUCACCGGUAGCUUCGCCGUCAUGCAGAACAACGGCCUGGGUAACAUCGGCCUCGGUAUGGGCGGCUCGCCAUACGCGUACGACAAGCUACCUACGAUGGGCAUGUCGCCGCCGCACAAUUAUCCGUCGCCGGGCGCGGGAUUGCAACCGAGUCCGCUCUCGCCGCAAAGCGCGUACAGCCAAAGCGGCCUUAACUCGCCGCACAAGUCGUCCGCGAGUCCGCAUUACGACCCGGCUUUUCUGCCGCGGUUACAGCAGAGCCCGGCGGCGCUUAGCCCGUCCUCGCCGCCGGCCACGGCGAGUUUCGCGCCAUCGCAUCAUUCCCCGCCCGGCACGCAUUCGGUGCCGAGCGCGGCAUCACCGCCACCGACCAUGCAGACGCAACUGCAGCAGCAGCAGCAGCAGCAGCAGCAGCAACAGCAGCAGCAGCAACAGCAGCAGCAGCAGCAGCAGCAACAACAGCAGCAGCAGCAGCAGCAGCAGCAGCAGUCGAUGCCGCAGCAGCAGACGAUAUCGCACACGCAGCACGUGCAACACACGUCGGUGGUGAUGAAGACGGUGUCGGCGGCGGGCAACGGCGGCGCCGGCGAGGUCGAGGAGAUCAACACGAAGGAGCUCGCGCAGCGUAUCAGCGCCGAGCUCAAGAGGUACAGCAUACCGCAGGCGAUCUUCGCGCAGCGGGUGCUGUGCCGCAGCCAGGGCACCCUCAGCGACCUGCUGCGCAACCCGAAGCCUUGGUCCAAGCUCAAGAGCGGCCGCGAGACCUUCCGACGGAUGUGGAAGUGGCUGCAGGAGCCCGAGUUUCAGAGAAUGUCGGCCUUGCGGCUAGCAGCCCUGAGCAACUGCUCUGAGAGCGGAGGCGAGCCGGACGCCAUGCUGGACAUGCACCACCCAGGAACCGGGAUCGACUCGCACCAUCCGCAGUUUCACAACUCCUAUGCUGCACAGAUUCCACAACGCGGAACAUGCAAGAGGAAAGACGAGAUGGCGAACCAGGCAGAACACCAACAGCCCGCCCCCAAGAAACCGCGGCUGGUUUUCACAGACCUUCAGCGCCGUACUCUACAGGCUAUUUUUAAAGAGACCAAGAGGCCGUCGAAGGAGAUGCAGGUGACAAUCGCGAGGCAAUUGGGCCUGGAACCGACGACGGUCGGGAACUUCUUCAUGAACGCCCGACGCCGCUCCAUGGACAAGUGGAAGGACGAGGACCCGAAGACGGUCGCGGUCGAAGAGGAACAGUUGUCGCCCACGAUAGGAAUCGGCCAGCGCCAACCGAGCGACGUUUUGUGA